ACCCUACAUACCUACCAGUGGGAACCUCGAAUGUACUGCGGCUAUACUCUCCAGCACGCAGAGUCUCCAAGUCGAAGGGGAAGAUAAUCAUGUCCAAUCAUGAGGUGGCUCACUCACGGGAGUCCGGGUCCCUGGGGUGACCUGGAGCAUUUUGGGCUCCUCUCGCAAUCCUGCUUGAGAAGUCACCAACUGCCAAAUCACAACAAGAGCAAUAAGAAAAGUCACGAUAUGGUUUUCCGGUCGCCAAACUAUCACUUCUACGUUCUAGCUGAUCAGUCAGUCCUGGUGCUCUGUAUCAUGGAUGCUCCGGAUCUUGUCACCACCAAAAUCUCCUAUCUGUGCAUAAAAUAAUGCGAGUGGUGUCUGAUGAGUGUCUCGGCCUGAACUCGGACGCUCGGAGGCCGACACUGGAUCAAAUCUCCUGCGUAAGAAGAGGUAGUAUCCGAGAAUCAGGUAUUGCCACCAAGGCGACGAGUCACUUGUUGUCUGCGCAUCACAAUAUCGCCAUUCAAUAUCGACAUUCGAUACGCGAGGAGAUUGCUAGCAGGGCUACGAGACAUUCAUUCUUCAAUUUCUCACCGUCGUCAUCAACAUCCGGCAGACGUCAGACGGCAAAGGCGACCGACCCUGCAUUUUCGAUAGUCUGUGCAGCUAGCAGCGAUUGCUUAGCUACAGACUACAUGUACUUUGCGACUAGGGCCCUGGUAUCCGCUGGAGGACCUGUCUGUAUGGCGAUUUGCUCCACGGAAUGCCCAAUCGAAUGUCCAGUCAGCCAUCUUUUCGGUUUCGCACCACCUCUAACUACAAAAUGCGAUACGUUCCAUAUACUUUUUUCAUCUCUCGCGCUCGCUAAGGCAAGUGGUGGAUUUUGAGCAGCUGCAAUCAAGAGCUAAUAAUAAAAAUGAUAACAAUAAAAAUGACAAGCUCCGAAUGCCGAUCCAACGUGUGAACAUCCCAGAGCAACGAGAGGUUCGCUGGGGUAGUUCCAGAGCACUGGGUCAGGAUGAGGAGAAAUCAUACAAAUUCCAUUGCCCCCUUUAGUCGGGCACACUUCAGACGCUUGUCGCAAUGCUUCGAUCGCCGGCCAAAACACUGAUUGACUGCUCCAAUUGAUCCGUGCCAUCGACCGGGUUCUCCUCUAUCAAGAGAAGGAAUAGACUGGCGCUGGUAGCCUGUGAGUUUUGUUGACAGCGUCUCGAGCCGCUAUAAUCCUGGACAUGUUGCGGGUAAUUCACUAUGACUAGACGGACUAGUUGACUGCACACUCUCUACAAACGCGUGGGCAUUGUACCAGGGUCGGUGUCCAAUCUACGUGGGCAGAACUGGAGGCGAAUCAGAGCGCGCGAUGGAUAGUGCGUAAGCUGCAAAGCAAUACUACGGAGACAGGGGGCCCAGGCUAGGCCCAGGUGCAAGCAGUUCACCCCUGUCCAACCUCAAUGGAGUUCAGCAGCAACUGUGUAUAUGACUUCACACACUACUCUUGUCUGCAAGUCGCAUACCCAACUACAAACUGCGAAUGGGUUGUUUCCGCAUCCAUCUCUGAAUCGCCAUGGACACAUCACAUCCACUCAGUCCCUCGGUCAAGCUGCUCCAGAAGUUCGGCCGCUGGAGACAUCCACGCCAUGCCUCGCAACACCAUGUGAGCAGUGAUUUCUCGCCUGCCGGGGACAAGGAAACACGGUAUACGCUGCCACCAAACACUCGCUUCGGAGCAUCAUCUAUUGCGCCCAACCCGAUCGCCGAAGGUUCGACAGAGUCUUUGGUUCUGGAUGCCUUGACAUCUCUCUCUACAGCAAUCCCAGAGGUGCCACCCUACACGCCGAUGCCAGUGCCCCAACGGGUGUCGAGCGCCGUGAAGGACACGCCGCAUUCCCCGAGGGUCUCGAGCACAACAAGAGACUCUGCGACCUAUCGAUUGUUUCCCAAGGAGGAGACGGACGCACCGCGCGACUUUCUGCGGGAGAAAGUUCGAAGGACUAACAGUACGCAGAACGAAAUCUUGCUCCCAGGAUUUCCAGGUUUUGAAGACGAUCUGCUUCUGCCGGAUCGAUCAGCUUCAUUUAGAGGGCGCACAAAACACAUGUCCAGUAGGGCCAGCCAAAAUAGCUCUUCGGCCACCAAUUCCCGGCCCAGGGGUCGUUCUAGGGGUGCACGAUCGCCAACAAUAUCUCCUGUGGCCAGCACGCCCGCGACUGAAACGGAAUCAAUCACAGGACCAACCAUCAAAGGUCCAGCAGACAUCCCAGACUUUCCACAACCCAACAGAAUGCAAUCGCCGACGGGUUCCAUCCUGGUCGAUAUUCCCGCCGCGCCCACGAAGUUGUCACAUGACGUUGUCGCACACUUGCAGGACCCGAGUCCGGACAAGAUCGAUAUCCUCAACACGGAUUUGAACGAUGAGGAUGACCCCAAUUCCUGGGACCUGAUCAAUCGCGAGGCCAAGCCGAUAGAAGAACGCGAUGCGAGCCAAUUCUGGUUGGAGAAGCGAGCCGAGCAGUUGUACAGUGCAGAGCACUUACAUCUCAUCCUGAAUGAUUCAAAAUACCAUUCCAAAUUCCUCGGAUUCAUGCGCAAAUACCGGCCCUGGAGAGUGCCCAUUCUCACGUAUUACAGCGAAGCAUACAAAGCCAUCAAAGCGCAGGACUACGCCAAUUCGUUGACGGUUUCGCUGGCUCGCAAGUCUCCUCUGCCCAUGGGAAGUGCCCACUCCCCGGCUCCGGUCGAGAAUACUCGUCUGCAUGAUGCUGCGAGAGAAGCGUUUGCGGAGCUGUUGAGGGAUGACUUGCAUUACUUCAUUGCUCAUACGUAUGUCAAGAUUGUGAGCGCGCUGGUUACGCGCCGCAUUACCGGCACCCUGCCCGCGCAUUUGGACGAAGCCAGUGGGAGACUGGCGGAAGUAUUCUGCAUCACCGACUGUCGGCUUCGCGACGACCCAUUGAUCCUGGCUUCGGAAGGUUUCACGCGUCACUCAGGUGGCAGUCUCGAAUAUGUUCUGGGUCGCAACUGUCGAUUCAUGCAAGGACCUGGCACAACGGUCGAUUCGUGUCGGCGCUUUGCCGUGUCCUGCCAGGAGAAGCGCGAUCACACGGAGAUUUUUGUCAAUUAUCGUCGUGAUGGAACUCCCUUUCUGAGUCUUGUCAUGAAUGCUCCGCUCAUGGAUAGCCAAGGCAACGUCCGAUACUUCCUCGGAGCCCAAGUCGACGUCUCCGCCCUCCUGAAAGAAUGCGCCGGAACCGAAAGUCUGGGCGAACUCAUCGCACGACAAGCCGCAUCCAAGGGUUCUGCUGCUGCCGGCGCCGGCGCCCACGACGACGACGAUGUGCCCCAACUCUACCCUCUCGAGCAGGUCAAAGCGCUCAGCGAAAUGUUCACAGGCGCAGAAUUGGACAUUAUUCGUCGACAUGGCGGCUCUGCGCAGCGGGGCCGUUGGCUCGAUACUCGCACGACGAAGGCCCCCGCUCCUGGUACGCGAGUGUUGCUCGCGGAUGGAAGUGAGGAUUCGGAUGAUCAUGAUGAGCCUGCGGAUGCGGCUCAUGAGGGGUUGGAUCCGAGACAUGUUGUUUCGGGAGCGAUGGAUGGGACUCCGGGGAAUUUGUCAGGAGUGUAUCGAUAUUACCUCCUCAUCCGUCCCUACCCCUCCCUCCGCGUCCUCUUCGCGUCCCCGACCAUGCGCGUCCCCGGAAUCGUCCAAUCUCCCUUCCUCCACCGCGUGUGCCGCAAAAACGGCGUACGCGAAAAUCUCGCCGAAGCGCUGCGCGAAGGCAACAAAGGCGGCGUCACCGCUCGAGUGCGAUGGUUGCACAAACCCAGCGAAGAUGGCGAUGGACCUGGUGUUACGAGGUGGUUGCAUUGUACUCCUUUGAUUCAUCACACGGGGCAGGUCGGGUUGUGGAUGAUUGUUUUGGUUAGGCCGGAGGCCGAGGGGUCGGGUGUUUUUGCUAGGCAUAGUGUUGUUUGAGGGGUGUUUUUUUGAAAUGAUGGAGAAGGGGAGGUUGAUUGUUGUUGUUUACAUUUCUGUGGAUUGAUUGAUUGUCAGAUUGAUUGAUUGAUUGAUUGAUUGAUUGAUUGAUUGAUUGAUUGAUUGAUUGAUUGAUUGAUUGAUUGAUUGAUUGAUUGGCUAGGAUGAGACUUCGAAUGGGGAAUUGAAUUCCUUGUGAUGGAUGAAUGGGAUGGCUGUGGAAGAAUUU